AUGAAGAAAGUUCACACAAAGGAGACAGAGGAGACAGAGGAGACAGAGGAGACAGAGGAGACAGAGGAGACAGAGGAGACAGAGGAGACAGAGAAGACAGGGGAGACAGAGGAGACACAGAGAGCUCAUAGCAAGGAGACAGAGGAGAUAGAUGAGACAGAGAAAGUUCACACAAAGGAGACAGAGGAGACAGAGGAGACAGAGGAGACAGAGGAGACAGAAAAAGUUCACACAAAGGAGACAGAGGAGACAGAGGAGACAGAGGAGACAGAGGAGACAGAGGAGACAGGGAAAGCUCACACAAAGGAGACAGAGGAGACAGAGAAGACAGAGGAGACAGAGGAGACAGAGGAGACACAGAGAGCUCAUAGCAAGGAGACAGAGGAGAUAGAGGAGACAGAGGAGACGGAGGAGACACAGAAAGCUCAUAGAAAGGAGACAGAAGAGACAGAGGAGACAGAUAGAGGAGACAGACGAGACACAGAAAGCUCACACAAAGGAGACAGAGGAGACAGAGGAGACACAAGACACAGAAAGCUCAUAGCGAGGAGACAGAGGAGACACAGAGGAGACAGGAGAGGAGACAGAGGAGACAAGAGAGGAGACAGGGGAGACAAGAGAGGAGACAAAGGAGACAGGAGAGGAAACAUGAGACAGGAGACAGAGGAGACAAGAGAGGAGACAGAGGAGACAAGAGGGGAGACAGAGGAGACAGGAGAGGAGACAGAGGAGACAGGAGAGGAGACAGACGAGACAAGACAGGAGACAGAAGAGGAGACACAAGACACAGAAAGCUCAUAG